AUGAACGAACAUCCAAUAACUGUGGAUGAACUACUGGUCUCAAGUUCGGCUGUUGGUAUGACCGAGGCCACUCUUGAAUCAGCACCUCAGUUUAUUAUUCAGCUGUACGCCAUGACUGUUCAACAGGAAUCGGUCACGAUCGUUCAAAUGGUUUCCCUGCCUGUGUCUUUUUUCAGCUUGGUUUGGGCGUCUGUUGUUACUGAUGGGUUUCGUCAUGGUAACGGAAGCAAUUUCAGUUUAAAAGAUAAAGUUCUACUAUUUGUAACGUACUUAUUUAUUUUCAGCAGUCGACUUUUUGCAGUUGCUUUGUUCACUGUAAGCUACAAGUGGUGGGUUACCAGUGUUUUGAUCCUUCACUGUACGGUGAUAACAAUAUGUGAUGUCAUUUGGAUUUGCGGAAGAGAAGAAUUUACGGUCGCGUUAAUUCUCGCUUUCUGCUUCCAUUGGCUACGAGAUGAUUGGUCAAUUUUAUAUGUUCAAGACGAAGAGAUCAGAGAGAAAAGGCUAAGAAGAAUGCUGCUGCUCUCUAACGUUAUGUUUGUGAUAGAAAACAUCACCAUGAUCCUGUCGUUUUAUUUCAGUCAUUUCCCUCACACCUGGUACUCCUUACCAGUCACCAUCUGCGUCUGUGUGUUUGCUGUUCUUGGAGCGGCAAUGAGGCUCUCUCAUUUAUAUUUCUUAAAGAAAGAAUCGGAGAACGAUGUUUAA